AUGUCUCCGAGUAGUUCAUUUUGGGUGUUACUGUUUUGCUAUAAUAUUAUGCGAGUGAGUCCACAAUGUCAAAUAGCACAAGUAUGCAUAACUGAUUAUAGUAAAAGCGACUGUGGUGGUAUCGAGGAAUUGGUGCCAAAUUCCAUCGUGGAAGGGUGUUGUCCCUCGUGCACCAUCAGCGGUGGUACCCCAACGACGCAAGGUUGCGAUCCAAGUGUUUCCACUUGCUUGCCUGAUGGACGAUAUGCGCCAGUACAAUGCAAGGGCGAUCGAUUUACUGGCAGGUGUUUCUGCUCAGAUCCAAACGGAAGAAGAAUAUUCGGACAAAUGUGGAGGGACCAAGCGGAGCACAUGACGUGUGCGUGCAGUCGUAGAAGAGCUGAACUGGAAGCAGAAGGCAAGGUCGUGACGCUUCAUUGUUCAGCAAAUGGUGAUUACGAACAACUGCAAUGUGAUAGUGGGAUGUGCUGGUGUGUACAGCCUAGGACUGGACAGCCUAUCGUUACACCUGUUCACGAAGAAGAUAUGGAACGCCUUCCAUGCUAUAGUGCAGCAGUUAUUGGGGAACGGUAUUUAAGAAAAUGCGAAAGUUUAACUGCUGCCAAUGGAUUCAUCCGGUAUGAACAGUCGACACACGGAACUAAUUUCCUUGGUAGUCCUGUCUCAACUUGUGAUUACGACGGAAGUUACGGACCAAUUCAAAUUUUGAAUGGCAUAGCUUACUGCACGGGUCGAGACGGAAAAAUAUUAGGAGCCUGGCAGACAACAGUAGCUACUAUGCAGGGAAUGAAUUGCAAUUGUGCACGAGACACCAUGAUAUUCUUCCCGGAACGAGGAAUGACAGUCACUGAAACUUGUGAAGCGAACGGGAACUACAGACCGCUGCAGAGCGUGGGAUCAGUGUACUACUGCGUCGAUACGGACGGUUAUCACACAGAACUACAUGACGAAAUACCACCUGGUGAAUGCCGAAGUUAUGCUGCAACGUAA